CACGUGGACUCCAGUUGUAAACAUCCGGCUGUCUGUGCACGUGUGGGCAUACUCGGAAAUACAUUUUCAUAUUCAUUUACAUUUACAUUUAAGUCAUUUAGCAGACGCUCUUAUCCAUAUUCUACAGUAUAAUAAGCUAUGUAUGUGUCAAGAGGAAAAACAACAUACUUAUUAUAACCUGCACUGUAGUUUAUUAGAACGCUCAGCCUGGAAGCGUAAUCGUCAGCUAGCAAACGUUGGCGACAUCGCUAUCAAGCCAGUGGAUCUGGUUUGGGCUCUGCAGACUGCAACAUUUCUAACGUUAAUACUAAGUUAGCUAGCCAUUCAAGAUAUUUUUUUUGGGGGGAAAUAAGACAUUUGGGUUGGAUUCUGUUGGGCUUGGUUUUUAUACUGUACGUUUCAGAGCUUGGCUCUAUAUUUUACGAUCUCAACUGACACAUUGUAGCAUUUAGCAACAUACCCAUCCCCAUGGCUGGAAGAGGCAGGGGUCGUGGAAGGGGACAGAUGACUUUCAACCUGGAGGAUGUGGGCAUAGGAAGGGGGGACAGCCUGCCACCCACCACCUUUAAGCCCUCACCCCUCUUCCCUCCCAUGCCAGUCCAGCCUGUGCCCCUGCAGACAGGAGAGGAGGUGGAGUACAUGCUUGCUCUGAAACAGGAGCUGAGGGCCGCCACAAAGACCCUGCCUUUCUACAUCAGACGGGCUGCUCCCAAAAGAGAUGUCGAUCGCUACUCUGAUAAGUACCAGAGCGGAGAGCCCAAGGACAGCACCAUCGAGUGGAGCCCAGACUGGAGCAGAUUGCCUAAAGAGCUUUGCGUUAAAGUGAGAGAACCUCGGGGUAAAAGACCCACACCUCAAGUUAAACGGACAAAGAAACCUCUUGUAGGAAAAGAGGAGAUUCUCACCAAGCUAGAGACUCUUGAAAAGAAAGAAGAGGCGGUGAACUCUGAGGAAGAGCAGGACGAGGAGAAAAAGAAGACUAACGAGGAAGAAGAACAGGCAGAUGAAGAGGACUAUGAGGAAGACUUUGAAGAGGAUACCGACUACAUCAUGUCUUACUUUGACAAUGGAGAGGAGUUUGGAGGGGACAGUGACGACAACAUGGACGAAGCCACUUACUGAGAGACCGUAAGAGUGUUGAUAACACUGAAUAGACAAAAAGAGACGGCUUUGAGUUAUCCUCCCUGCAGACAUAGUUACAGUAUUCUAAUUACUUGUGGAGUCAUUGGCCAUGGGAACAAAGACAUUGACCGGUAUAGUCUAAAACAUGGAAAGAACAAUAUGCUGCUAUGUGAUAACUUAGAUCCAAGACAUGGAAGACGGUGACUGCUGGUGAAAACAGUGGCUCAAUGUAGACAUCUAGAGAGAAGAUUUUCUUAUUGUGUGUGGUGAUUUAAAGUGCCAAAGAUCCUAACUAGUCAUGCUGACUGUUCCCCUUUCUUCAGCUAUGUUGAGGUGGUAAUGGGAGCUGAAGUAUUUACAGGAUAUUGAUGCCUUUUAUAACUUUAACGGAUUUGAUGGUUUUAAUUAACACGUACAAUUGCAGCAGUCUAUGGUUUUUAAAGUAAAGACAUGUUUUAGAGAGGUAUUUUAGCUUUUGUAAUUCCUUGGUGUAAGUCUCUUUUAAGUGUAUACGACAAUCAAAUGUUGGCUAAGACAUUGAAAACAAUAGUUGCAAUCCCAAAAGAAUGUUGUGUAUUCUUUUUAAAUAUUUUUUUCCUGUAAUGUCAAAUUAUGUUAUGCAAGUUGACAAUUUGAAAGUGUUGAAUUUGAAUCUAAAUACAUUUUAUAGCUCCAGAGUAAAUAUUUGUAUCAACCAACCAGCAGAUGGCAUAUUACUCCAAGGUAAAUCAGGUGUGGUGUAUGUUCACUGUGUGGAGUUGGUAGGUUAUGCAGUUGACAAAAAAAGUUAUUCACCAUUGCCAAUUUAAAAGGAGCAGGGAUGGGAUUGGGUGUGAAAGUUUGUAAACUCAUGACAUGUUAAGUGUUUUUUCAGCCAACUUCCUGGUAAUUUAUAGUGGUGAGCUCCCAGAAUGUUUUUCUACCCGUUAAAGGGAGUGAUCCUCCAUUUCCUUGAACAGCGUUUAACAUCCUGCCGUCCAAAGUGGAAAGACAACCCUUAAAAUGUAAGCCUAGUCUAGGGCAGAAAGUUUACAUUGCGUGACUAGCUUUGAAAAACAUGCUUCUUUUUUUAAACUCUGAAUAUCAGCCCUGUAUGUCUUCUGCUUUUUAACCAUUUGAUUUUGAGAUGUUCUAUAUCUAAACAACAUCAAUCACACUCAAACGAGGUGGGUAGCCUCAAGGUUAAAGCGUUGGGCCAGUAACUGAAAGGUCACUGGUUUGAAUCUCAAGGCAGACAAGGCGAAAAAUCUGACUCGUUGCCCUUGAGCAAGGCACUUGACCCUAAUUGCUCUAGGGCACUAGAAAAUAGUGACCCACUCCCUGCGGGUGACUCGGGGGGGAGUUGGGAUAUGCAAAUAACACACUUGUGAGUAACAACAAAUAUAAUCACCCCACAAAUAAUAAUUAUUAUUAAAAAAGUGCAUUAUGAA